CCCGAGCCCCCCUUUCUUCUUUUUAUAAAUAAUUUUAUUACAAAAUUUUGAAAACAGAGAAUUGCAGCAUCUAUUUGUUUAAUGGAGUUUUUGAUUAAGUUCUUCUGAGUUAGGUAGGUGCCCGUGCUGGAUAAACCUUUAACCCAGCUUAAAAGCUCAUCAUUACCUACCUGUUUUUACUCAUCUACACACUUGAAGCUUGCUUUGAUUUGCUUUGCUUAGUUCAGAAGGGUAAUUAUUUUCUUUCCCUUCGAUUCAAAUUUUAUUUUUUACUUAUCCAGAUUUUGAUCUUCUCACUUUCUUCGCUUUACUCAAAUUCCUUUUUGUUUUAGCGGGGUUUGUCACUUGGCAGUAGAUUUUCUUGCCAUAUGUGUACUUCUGUUUAGUUACUCACUGAGAGAUGGCCAUAGCUCGGCUUGCUCGCCACGCGAAACGCCCAUAUGGGUUGUGUGCGAAGAUGACAGCAGUAGCGAUUAUGGGUCUCUGCUUUAUUUUUGUUUGGUCCUUGUUUUCUUCUUCUUCUACUACUUCAGUGACUACUCAGAGGGAAAGCUUCGAUGAUAUCGCUGAACCAGUACCAGCAAACAAUGGGGUAAGCAAUUCUAAGACCCAAUCUAAAGAAAUGGAACCAGAAAAACAUGAAUUGAGUAGAGAAGAUCAUAAGGUGAAAGUUGAAUCUGAUUUGGAAUCCAAAAAAGAUGAGAAAAGGAUUAAUGGGUCGGCUUCCCCGUCUGUGAAUGAGCAUGAGUCUAGGGUAAAGGGUAAGAAAGAAUCGUCUAAUAAGAAAGAUAGUCCUAGAAAGUUGCCCAAUGGCGUGGCAAAAGAUAAUAAUUCGCAAGAGGAAUCUGAGAGUGAAGAAUUAGAAAUGGAAGAGGAGGAGGGAGAAGUAGUGGAUGGUAGGGAAGAGGCAACUGAUGGUGAAAAUGAAGGAAAUGGGGAUGUGGAAGGAGAAGGUGUUUUGAUAGAAACAGUAGAUCAUGAAGCUGCAGAGAAGGUGGAAGAUCAGAGCAGCGGGUCAAAAAGUACAGGAAAGAAGGGGAAGAUAAAGGGUCCUUUAUUUGAUCCAAAAGCACAUUAUAGUUGGAGAUCAUGCAGCACAAGAAGCAAACACAAUUACAUUCCCUGUAUUGACAUUGAGAGUGGUACUGGAAGGCUGCAAAGCUAUAGGCACACCGAGAGAAGUUGCCCUAGAACACCUCCUAUGUGUCUUGUUCCUCUCCCUCACCAGAGUCAUGGCUUUCCUGUGCGCUGGCCUGAGAGCAAGUUGAAGAUAUUGUAUAAAAAUGUAGCGCAUCCAAAACUUGACGCAUUUAUCAAGAAAAAUAGUUGGCUGGUUCAGUCUGGGGAAUACAUUACCUUUCCCCGAAGCCAAUCUGAAUUCAAGGGUGGAGUUCAGCACUACCUUGAAUCCAUUCAAGAGAUGGUACCAGACAUUGAAUGGGGAAAGAAUAUUCGUGUAGUAUUGGACAUUGGAUGUGCAGAUUCAAGCUUUGGAGCUUCACUCCUUGAUAAAGACGUGUUGACAUUGUCACUUGGCUUGAAGGAUGACCUAGUUGAUCUAGCCCAAGUUGCUCUAGAGCGGGGUUUUCCUGCAAUAGUUAGCCCCUUUGCAACUAGAAGGCUUCCUUUCCCUAGUGGUGUUUUUGAUGCCAUUCACUGUGGCGAGUGCGGCAUUCCAUGGCAUUAUCAUGGAGGUAAGCUUCUUCUGGAGAUGAAUCGGAUUUUAAGGCCUGGUGGAUACUGCAUUUUGUCAACUACACAUGACAAUGUUGAAGAGGAAGAAGCCAUGACCACCUUGACAGCAUCUAUCUGUUGGAAUAUUUUAGCUCAUAAAACUGAUGAAGUAAAUGAAGUGGGUGUUAAAAUAUAUCAGAAGCCUGAGUCAAAUGACAUAUAUGAGUUGAGAAGAAAGAAAAUUCCACCUCUGUGCAAGGAAAAUGAAAAUCCUGAUGCAGCCUGGUAUGUUCCUAUGAAGAGUUGCUUGGACACUAUCCCAUCUUCAAUUGAACAGCAUGGGACAGAUUGGCCUGAAGAAUGGCCCAAGAGGCUAGAAACUUAUCCAGACUGGAUGAACAAUAAAGAAAAAUUGAUUGAUGACACCAAUCAUUGGAAAGCUAUAGUUGAAAAGUCUUAUCUGACCGGAAUUGGUAUCGACUGGUCAAGUAUCCGGAAUAUAAUGGACAUGAAAGCCAUCAAUGGGGGAUUUGCUGCAGCUCUAUCACAGCAGAAGGUUUGGGUAAUGAAUGUAGUCCUUGUCCAUGCACCGGACACACUUCCUAUCAUAUAUGAGCGAGGGCUUGUUGGUGUCUACCAUGAUUGGUGCGAGUCCUUUGGCACAUACCCAAGGUCAUAUGAUCUUUUGCAUGCUGAUCAUCUGUUCUCACGGCUUAAGAACAGGUGUAAGCAGCCAGUAUCAAUUGUGGUGGAGAUGGAUCGAAUAUUACGGCCUGGUGGGUGGGCAAUUAUACGUGAGAAGGUGGAGAUACUAUAUCCACUAGAGGAAAUACUGAAGAGCUUGCAUUGGGAGAUUCGCAUGACAUAUUCUCAGGAUAAAGAGGGUAUAUUAUGUGCCCAGAAAGCCAUGUGGCGGCCUUAGAAUCUCUGUAUAAGAAAUUUGUGUUUUCACUAGUAUAACUGCAAAAUCAAAGCUGGAAAUGAGGGCAUUUUUUUUUCUUGCUGCCUUCAUAGCUGAGCAAAAUAUACAGAUUCAUCAAAUUCUUUCAGUGAAAUAUGUGAUUUAACACGCCAA